AUGAAUGAAAUAUGGAUGAAUGCGGUGAUAGUGUAUGUUGUUGGCCAAAACCCAACACUUACAGCACUAAAAUCCUUUAUUAUGGCUAACUGGAAUUUGGGGAAUGAACCUCAGAUGUUUAAACAUGAAGAUGGAUAUUUUGUGGUCAAAAUGGGUAGUAGAGAAGGUAGGGAUGAUGUGAUUUUUGCAGGCCCUCACCUUUUCUAUGGAAAGCCUAUGAUUGUCAAGCCAUGGACAACAAGUUUUAACUUUCAUAAUGAUGUGCUGAAGGUGAUACCUAUCUGGAUAAAAUUACCUAACCUUCCUUUGAACUGUUGGAGUGAGGAUUCAUUAAGUAGAAUUGGUAGUCUGAUAGGGGUCCCCUUAUAUGCUGAUGAAUGCACUUCAAAGGCUUUGAGGGUGUCUUUUGCAAGGAUUUUGGUGGAGAUGGAUGUUACUAGGGAGGUGAAGAGAGUGGUGAAAAUAGCUGACCCUAAUGGUCAGACUAUUGUCCAGCAAGUGGUGUAUGACUGGUUACCAGCUUAUUGCAAGAAGUGUAAUGCAGUGGGACACAACUGCGAAAAUAAGGUAAAUAGAGUGCAAAAAAUUCCACAAAAACAAUGGGUGCAGAAGAAAGAUAAAGUGGUUCAGAUUCAGGAAGUUGCUGAGGCAGGUACUCAGGGUGAUUGUGAUGCAGAGGGUCCCUCAUUAGCAGUAGAUACUAACUUAGGUGGGGGUCCUGUUAUUGAGGUAGAUCCUAGCAAAUUAAUUACCCCUACUCAGACACCUGUAGUGACAAAAGAGGGUGAGCAAGAGAAGGAAAUGGAAGCAGAAGGUGGAUGGAAAGUGGUAACUAGGAAGACUAAGGAUAAAGGAAAGCAAGCAAUGGGUAUGAAUGACCCUAUUAAAAUAAAGGAAAUUAAGCAUUUCCUAGCUAAGAAGAAAAUUACAGUAUGUGCUUUGCUGGAGACAAGAGUUAGAGGGAAAAAUGUGAUAAAAGUGCAGAGAAAGUUGGGAGGCUAUUGGAGUUGGUGUUGCAAUUAUACAUCUUCCCCUAGAGGAAGGAUGUGGGUGGACUGGCAAGCUACUGAGGUUCACUUGAGAGUGGUGAAGCAAUCAGAGCAGGUUAUGGUUUCUGAGGUUACUAGCAUAGAUGCAACUCUGGAUUUUACCUUAGUUAGUGUGUAUGGGUUGCAUACUAUAAAUGAUAGGAAGAGUCUAUGGAGUGAACUAUUGGAGGUGAUAGGCACUUGUGACAGACCUUGCAUUAUUAUUGGUGAUUUUAAUGCAGUAUAUCAGGUGGAUGAUAGAAUAAAUGGAGCCAUGGUGAGUGAGGCUGAAACUAAAGAUCUGGAAGAUGUUGUUCUGAGGGGGAAUGUAAUUGAAGCACCAAGUAUGGGUUUUUAUUAUUCCUGA